AUGGCGACGCCUCUGACCGACCAGGAGAAGCGCAAGCAGAUCAGCAUCAGAGGGAUCGCCGGGGUGGAGAAUGUGGCGGAGCUGAAGAAGGGCUUUAACCGGCACCUGCACUUCACGCUCGUGAAGGACAGAAACGUCGCCACGCCGCGGGAUUAUUAUUUCGCGCUCGCGCACACGGUACGCGAUCACCUGGUCGGGCGCUGGAUCAGGACGCAGCAAUUUUACUAUGAGGCCGACCCGAAGCGUGUAUAUUACCUGUCACUGGAGUUCUACAUGGGCAGAGCUCUUCAGAACACCAUGAUUAACCUGGGACUGCAGAAUGCUUGUGAUGAGGCUGUGUAUCAAUUGGGGUUGGAUAUGGAGGAUCUAGAGGAGAUGGAAGAAGAUGCUGGUUUGGGAAAUGGAGGGUUGGGAAGAUUAGCAGCUUGUUUUCUGGACUCCAUGGCUACUCUGGGACUGGCAGCUUAUGGAUAUGGGAUCCGUUACGAGUAUGGAAUAUUUAACCAGAAAAUCAAUCAUGGCUGGCAGGUUGAGGAGGCAGACGAUUGGUUGAGGUAUGGUAACCCCUGGGAAAAGGCCCGUCCUGAGUUCAUGCUACCGGUGCAUUUUUACGGCCGCGUGGAGGAGAAAGAGGGGGCUGAGCCUAAAUGGGUUGACACACAGGUGGUCCUGGCCAUGCCGUACGACACUCCUAUUCCUGGCUACAUGAACAACACUGUGAACACCAUGCGUCUGUGGUCUGCACGCGCACCCAAUGACUUCAACCUGGGAGACUUUAAUGUUGGUGAUUAUAUUCAAGCGGUUCUGGACCGGAACUUGGCAGAAAACAUUUCCCGUGUCCUCUACCCAAACGACAAUUUUUUUGAGGGCAAGGAGCUGCGUUUGAAGCAGGAAUAUUUUGUGGUGGCGGCGACUUUACAGGAUGUGAUCCGACGCUUUAAGACCACAAAGAGGAACUGCUCUAAGCCGUUGUCAUUUGACAGCUUUGCUGAUAAGGUUGCCAUCCAGCUGAAUGAUACUCAUCCUGCCAUGGCCAUUCCUGAGCUCAUGAGGAUAUUUGUGGACAUCGAGAAGCUGGACUGGGACACUGCCUGGGAUAUUACUAAGCAAACGUUCGCAUACACCAAUCACACGGUUUUGCCUGAGGCUCUGGAGCGCUGGCCGGUCGAACUGAUGGAGAAACUUUUACCUCGACACCUGCAGAUCAUAUAUAGGAUCAACCAAACGCACUUGGAUCAUAUAGCAUCCCUGUUUCCAGAUGAUAUGGAUCGAAUCUGCAGGAUGUCUCUGAUCGAGGAGGGAGGGGGUAAGAGAGUAAACAUGGCUCAUCUCUGCAUUGUGGGGUCACACAAAGUUAAUGGAGUCGCAGAGAUUCACUCCGAUAUCAUCAAAAAAGACAUAUUUCGAGAUUUUAGCGAGAUGGAACCAGAGAAGUUUCAGAAUAAAACGAAUGGCAUCACACCACGACGCUGGCUUCUCCUUUGCAACCCUGGACUCGCCGAUCUGAUCGCAGAGGCUAUCGGUGAAGAUUACGUGAAGGAUCUGACGCUGCUACGGAACUUGAAUGAUCUGGUUGAUGAUGACGCUUUCAUAAGAGAUGUUGCCAAAGUCAAACAGGAUAACAAGCUGAAGUUUGCGCAGUACUUGGAGAAGUUGUACAAAGUGGACAUAAAUCCUUCAUCCCUGUUUGACGUCCAUGUGAAAAGAAUCCAUGAAUACAAACGACAGCUGCUCAACUGCCUCCACGUUAUCACCAUGUACAACCGGAUCAAGAGAAACCCCACCAAAGUGUUUUUACCACGGACUGUGAUCAUUGGGGGCAAGGCUGCUCCUGGGUAUCAUAUGGCAAAGAUGAUCAUUAAGUUGAUCACCUCUGUCGCUGAUGUGGUAAAUUAUGAUCCUGUCAUUGGCCGUAAAUUAAAGGUCAUUUUCCUGGAGAACUACAGGGUGUCACUGGCAGAAAAAGUGAUCCCAGCUACCGACCUGUCAGAGCAGAUUUCAACUGCCGGUACGGAGGCGUCCGGAACAGGAAACAUGAAGUUCAUGUUAAAUGGGGCUUUGACCAUUGGCACUAUGGAUGGUGCCAAUGUCGAGAUGGCAGAGGAAGCUGGUGAAGAAAACCUCUUCAUCUUCGGCAUGAGGGUGGAGGAAGUAGCAGAGAUGGAUAAAGAAGGCUACGAUGCAAUGCAAUAUUACGAGAAUCUUCCAGAGCUGAAACAGGCCAUAGAUCAGAUUAAAAGUGGCUAUUUUUCACCGAAACAGCCGGAGAUGUUCAGCGACAUCAUCAACAUGCUUUUCCAUCAUGAUCGGUUUAAAGUUUUCGCAGAUUAUGAGUCUUACGUCAAGUGUCAAGAGAGAGUCAGCGCUCUCUAUAAGGAUCAGACAGAAUGGACUCGGGUGGUAAUUAAGAACAUUGCAGCAUCUGGAAAGUUCUCCAGCGAUCGCACUAUUAAAGAGUACGCCACUGAGAUCUGGGGAGUGGAGCCAACUGACCUGAAGAUUCCUCCUCCCAGUGAACCACGUGAAGCUCUGGAAGAAACCGCUCGUGCCCUACGCAAGAUCUGAACACAUCAGCACACUGUUCACGGAUUAUGAGAUCACUUCUAAGAGUCUUUACUCUGUUUACCUAACAGAAAAGAACCUGUUUUGUUUUUCAGUUAACGUCCAUAUUUUCGCCGAGCUAAUUCUCAUAUAAAGUUUUGCAUUAUAAACUAAAAAAAGCUAAAAACUAAAUAAAUGUUUUAAUUCAACAUUGAAGUUAUGGUAAUGAUGAAAACGUACAUAAAAUGAUACAAGUGUACCCAAUCUGAGUUUGAUAUGAAUGUUUCACUUUUUAAAUAGUUGAUCUGUUCUUACAAGUACAUUGAAUAAA